UUAAAAAGCUAAAAACAAGCUGUCCCGUGUUUUAAAUGUAGCACAAUUCAUGGCGAAUGGUCAGGGUUAAGUGAAAUGUAGGAGACACGUGUGUUUAUUUGCAUGUUUGCAAGGAGGUGUGUUUGAGUCUCUCAAAAACACAGGUUCUGUUAUGGGUUCAUGUGAGGUUCAAUGUGGUUGUUAGGUUGUUAACUCCAUUGACAGCUUGUUGGGUACUUAAAACUAAUGCUAUCUUGUUCAACAGUAUUUAUAUAUUUAACAGUCCAGCCUUGGAUUCAUAGAAAGUUCAGUUUUGUUUUAAUACUAACGUAUCAAAAUGUAUGCCUACAUUUUAAAGGUCAGAGGAUUUGAUGAUUGACACUGAAUAGUCUAAUAGUUUACAUCCGAAUUAUUAAAUAUAAAGAAAAAUAGAUGGGUUUUUUUCAGCAUAAAAGGAAAUAAGGUUGAUGCAUACAGUUGUUCUGAUAGUAACUGUAUCAAACGUUUCCUUUUAUUCCAUGCUACCUAUCUACUUCCGUGUGAGAGUGUGCAAGUGUCAACUGGAGCAAUAUAAUCAUUCAAGCACAGAUUCACCAUGACAGGAACAUAAAGGACGUCACUCAGAUGGACAAUAAAGCAGCAAUGUUCCUCGCUUUUUCCAGUUGUGAGGAUGAAGAUUGCCCUGCUGGGUGCCACGGGGCAGACAGGACAAUAUGUGAUAAACCAGGCACUGCAGCAGGGUCACACCGUCACCGCCAUCGUCAGGAACCCUGCCAAACUCACCAUGCAUCAUGAUAACCUCAAGGUGGUGGAGGCUGAUAUUUUUUCAGCAGACAGUCUGAAGACUCACUUCAGAGGACAGGAUGUGGUCAUGUCCUGCCUUGGCUUCCCGGCCUCCUUUUUCUCGGGGGUUACGGGCUACACCCGGUCCAUGACCAGCAUGAUCAGCGCCAUGCGAGAGGCCCGGGUCAAUAGGAUCAUCACCAUGACCUCCUGGUACACAGAGCCUAACUCUGGAGCGCAGUCAUCUUUCCUGAUUCGGUUCCUCCUGCUGCCGAUGAUCCGCAGUGUCCUCUCCAACAUGCAUGAGAUGGAGCAGCUUUUGCAAAAGACCGAGGACAUCAACUGGACUGUGGUUCGCCCGCCUGGUCUGAAGAACCUGCAGGCCUCAGCUCAAGAGUUUCGGACCCAUGAGGGUUACUUUGUGCCCGACAGCAGUGGUGGCCCUGAAGGCAGCGCAGUGGGAAGAGGAGACGUGGCCCGCUUCAUGCUCUCUCUUCUCAACACCAAUGCCUGGGUCAAGAAGGGAGUCGCCAUCACUACCAUAUAAAAAAUAAGAAGUCAGCGUUGCCAUGAUUAAAACAGUCUGUUCACCUAGACUACAGAACCUUUAACAAAAUGUGCAGUCGUUCUUCUUUCAACUUAUGGUGUAAAAUAUAUGGCUUAAAUAGCUUAGUAUGUAUAUGUCUUUUUACUUACGCUUGUUUUUAUAUGAUUGGAAACCUACAUCAUUCAUCAAGUUUACUAUCAAAGUGUGUUGGUGGACUUAACAUCAGUAACAACAUAUUACUUUAUGAGGGUUUUAUGAAGACAGCCUUGUGUUUUUACUGACAGAUAAUACUGCAAAGUGUAUUCACAUGUGUACUCCAUUAUCCAAAGGUGUACUGUAUCAGUUCUAUAAAAUAAACAACUCAAAUGAUA